CCCCCGAUCUGUGUAUGCAAUAGAAGAAACUUUUUGGGGGAGAAAAAUGGAAGUCCAUGUUUGCCCAAAAAAAUUGAAAAUGAAAACGUCCAUGUUUGCUCACGGACCAAACUUUUGAUUCUUUCUAUGUUUCACCGCAUCAUCACGCUAUCUAUUCCUAAAACUAAAAAUAAACUCUCCUCCUGCUGAAAAGGUCUUCCCACUAACCCUUCUCUUCUUCUUCUUCUUCCUCUUCGUCAAGCAUAGCAUAUAGCUAUUAGCAUCAAGCCAUCAACAGCUACAGCAAACCCAUUUAAGAAAAGAGUACCCUUUCAAUUGCUUCAGAAAAAUGGCGUACGUGGAUCAUGCUUUCUCGAUUUCAGACGAGGAUAUGAUGAUGGACGGCUCUCACGCCGACAGCAAUCGCGGACCGAUGAAAGAGAUCGCUCUUGCCGUUUCCCUUCUUGUCUUUGGUACCCUUGGUAUUGUUCUCGGUAUUUUCAUGGCCAUCAAUAAGGUUGGCGGCGAUACUGCUCAUGGGCUAUUUUUUGCUAUACUAGGGGGAGUUCUGUUUAUACCAGGGUUCUACUAUACGCGGAUUGCAUACUAUGCUUACAAGGGUUAUAAAGGUUUCUCUUUCUCCAAUAUACCUCCCGUGUAGAUUAUGGAUGAUGUUGAUACAUUGUACAGCUAGGUCAUUACCCUGUUUCUACGUCAUUUCCUGUUUUCUACACUUUUGCUACUCUUAGAUAAGUGCUGUAAACAAAGUGAAUCUCUUAAAAUAUAGUGUUGUUUCUUUUAGUGCUAUUAGAUUACCUGGGAAUGAGAAUGAUGAUAUCCAUCCAUCUGAUUUGAACAUUGAACCAUUACUUGCUAAAGCUGAACUAUGCACUCUUCAACUCA